AUGAUGGGCCCAAGUUUACCUUUACCACCUGGGACAGAAAAUAUAAUCAGUCCAGAUGUACCACUGCCACCAGGAACUGAACAUGUAAUGGAUCCAGGCCUCCCUUUGCCACCCGGAACAGAAGAUGUUGGGGUACCUUGUUUAACUUUGCCACCUGGAGCCGAAGAUCCUCUGAGUUCUGAUCUCCCUCUGCCACCUGGUACUGAAGAUGUUGCUAUUGCAAGCUUACCCCUGCCUCCCGGAACUGAAGAUGCUUUAACUUCAGAUCUACCAUUACCACCAGGAACUGAGGAUGAAGCCCAUAUGCUAGUCGGUUCAGGGUUAGGGGUUUCCAGUACAAAAAGCAAGACUGUACAUUUGCAAGACAUAGCACAAAAAUCAAAAUUGGGGAGUGAUAUGACAAUACCAGGGACACAUUUUGGUGCACAGGAACUAAGCUCUGGGGCAUGGAGUAGUGGUAGCAAUAGUCAAGAUGGGUUUGGCUUGCCAGCCUUUAUGACUGGGAUGCACGAAAAUCCCAUUCCUCCACCACCUGGUACAGAGGAUGAGCAUGACUUGCAUGCAUCAAUGAAUGUUCUGCCUCCUUUGGGCAUUAGAGACAAUAUUGCUAGCCAGUUUGCAACUGAGAAAGCUCUCACUGCAUCUCAAACCACUACUGUGUGCAUGAGUAGCUUCACAGCACCAAAGCUAGGCCUCCAUACACAGAAUCCACUGUGGAAUACUUCAAGUAAUCCAGAGGGAAUGGAACACACUGGCACAACAUGGCCCACAGACCCAAGUGCAGUCAUGGAUAUGCCAACUGUUGCAAGGAAAUCACACAUUGACCGAGAAUUCACACCUCCCCCACCCGGAACUGAGAUGGAUGACCUGAACAAAAGUGACAGCCAUCCAGAACUCGGCGAGGCAAGCAUGGAGUUGAGUGAUGAAUCAGAUGAUGAAUGCUUGCAGGACAAGAAAGAGUCAACUCCUCCUCCUCCAGGCACUGAGUCAAGUUCUGAGUCCAUGGCCAUCGGUGAAAGUAAAUCUAGUAAGAGUAUAAUUUCUACACUGGAAUUGACAACAAGAUUGGAUACCAAAAUACGUGAUCCUAGUCUCAGCGUUGAUUUUAAUGCCCAGUCACUGGAUACGCAGGUCAGCCUACCUCAGUCUAAGAAAGAGGAGAGUAUUAAGUCAACAGAGAAUAUGGCAGAUUCUCCUAAUCUCAGCAAUGUAAAUGUGUCAAAAAUUGGAAAGAGGUCAUGUAGUACAGAAGAUAAAGAAAGAGAAGAGAAGAAAUUUUCUGAAAAGACUAAAGUCAGUAAGGCAAAGGAUAAAGUAGAUGAUGAGAGAAUGCAAACCGAAGGUAACAUGUCCAAAGAGCAAGGUCCUCCUCAGCAGUCACACAAAGCUCCAAGAAUAGGAAAACCAAGCAAGAAGGAAAGUGAGGAGGUUGAACAUGGUAAGGAAGGAAGGCAGGAAAGUGAAAGCAAGGCUAAACAAAGAAAAACUAGCAGGAGGUCAAGGGAUAGUACGGAAGAACCUCAAUAUUUACAGCCAGUGGAAGAAGAACGUGAAUUCCCUGGAAACACUGAAGUGAAGUCAAGCACACCCAAAAAAUCCACUAGAACAGGGAAAACAGAGAAAUCUGAGGAAGAAGAAAUAGAACUAGAAGCAAAAAUUAAUGAAGAAAGUAGCAUGAAACACAGAAAGUCAAGCAAAAAAUCAAAGGAAAGGCGAGAAGGUGUUGAUGACUUGAAACUUGCAGCUGACACAGAUGCCUCUGCUUCACAAGAGGAAACACAAACCAUGAAAAAGUCAUCCAGAUCUGGCAGAUCAACAAAGAAAGACAAAGAGGAAAAUGACCAAGAUGUCCCAGUAAAAGAGACCAAACAGCGGAAAAGAAGCACAAGGAGUUCUUCAGAUGAUCAGCCAAGUGAAAAGGGGUCGUCCACUCCAAGGAGAAAAAGCAGAAGUGUUAGAGCUGCAAUUCCCGAAGAAAGAGAGGAAGACUUCGAAAGCGUCCUGUCACCCCAGGAAAUGAAUGAGAAUGCCGAAGAAUCGGAAAAGGCGAACAGCUCAGAUGUAGAUGAUGAGCAAGAAACAGACAGUGAAACCGUCCCACAACAAAGAACAAGGGCUGUGAGACGGCUCGUUUCUGAAGACCAGACCUAUGAGGCACUUAGCCCACGAAAAAGGUCAAGAAAGAGCAAGUCUUCUGUUAGUGAGGAGGAGGAACCCCCACCUCGAAGAUCGACUCGAACCACCAGAGCGUCUAUUACAGAAUAA